AUGCAGCACCUCGCCUCGCGCUUUGACCUGACCCGCGUGCCCAUGGCGGGCGCCAGCGGCGGCGCCCUCUGCGCCGUCCUGGCGCGCUGCGGCGUCGACCCCGAGGUCGUGACUGAGUCGGCCUACCAGCUCUCAUUGGACCAUAACAUCUGGGAGCGGCCCCUGGGGCUGGUCGGGGUGUGGGGCCGCAUCAUAGAGGCGUGGCUGGGGCAGCUGCUUCCGGAGGACGCAGCGGAGCGGUGCAGCGGCGGGCUGGGCGUGGUGGUGACGCGGCUGCCGAGCUGCAGGCAGGAGCUGAUUGAGGAGUACGAGAGCAAGGAGGACCUCAUCAACUGCUGCAUGGCCAGCGCCCACGUACCCCUGCUGCUGGACCUGAAGAUUAGCCGCCGCCUGCGGGGCGCAAAGUGCGUCGACGGGUCCUUCCCCGACUUCUUUACCAAUGAGAACUCGCCCUACUUGUUGCGCGGGGGCGCCCUGGUGUUUGACUACUUUCACGACCCCAACAUAGUGCGCAACGGCCGCAUGGACAUGCUGCAGCUCAAGGAGUACUCUGAGCUGAAGAAGAUCGUGCGGCUGGGGGCGCACUAUGCGCAGCGGCUCGAGGAGGAGGGGGCCUUCGAGCCGUACGACCUGGAGCCGGUCCUCAAGAAGGCCUAG